GCCGCAUCGAUCGUGACGUCGUUUCCGCUCGUUUUCAUCUUGGAACAUCACGGCUACCACCUUACCAGCCGCAACAGAUAAAUCACGACAACCUCCAAUUUUGGAUCUAUAACCGCCAUGGCGGCCUCCAAGAGCCCGGAUAGGGACAAGCAGUCGCACUGCAAUUUCGACGUGGACUAUGUGAUUGCUUAUGACAUCCCCGCGAAAGAAUCCGCCGAAGCAGAAGCCGCCUUCACCCAGCUCAUCGAGGCCCUCUCGGCGGUAGGCUUCGCGACCGAAGUCCGCCCGGGCCGCACCGCGUCCUCCCUCCUGGUCUUCGUCAAGCUCGCGUCGCCCUCCCUGCUCAAGUCGCAGAUCUACCGCGCCCGCGUGCAGGACUGGCUCUUUGGCGUGCGGCCCUCAGCCCCCGCCCCCUCCGACAGCAGCAACGACACCGCCGCCACCACCACGACCAGCAAAACCGAUGCCGUCAACCGCUACUUCGCCGAGGAGGAGCCCGUGACGGAGGCGGAGCGGCUGCGGCUGGCGUACGAGCUGAUUACUCGGCCGCGCAACGAGGGCGGCGCGGGGGUCACGCCCAAGCGCGGCCAGUGGCGCUUCGUGGCCAGCGUGUUCCCCCUCCACGACCGCGCCUUCAACCGCGCCUGGAUCAGCGCCUGGAGCCGCAAGUACUACCUGGACGAGUCCGACAUCGGCAACAUCCGCGACCGCUUCGGCGAGCGCGUCGCGUUCUACUUUGCCUUUUUGCAGUCGUAUUUUCUGUUUCUGGUUUUCCCGGCCGCGUUCGGCUUCGCCGCCUGGCUGUUGUUGGGUCCCUUCUCGUGGGUCUAUGCCGUGGUGAAUUGUCUGUGGGCCGUGGUGUUCUUUGAGCAUUGGAAGAUGAAGGAGGUGGAUCUGGCCGUGCAGUGGGGCGUCAGGGGCGUCGGCAGGAUCCAGCUGCCGCGGUCGCAGUUCCAGUUUGACCGGGAGGGCAUCGACCCCGUCACGGGAGAGGUGGUCAAGGUGUACUCGCCUUACAAACGGCUGCAAAUGCAGCUGCUGCAGGGGCCGUUUGCUCUGGCGUGUGUGGUGGUGUUGGGCGGCCUGAUUUUCAGCUGCUUUUCCAUCGAGGUCUUCAUCAACGAGGUCUACAAUGGGCCGUUCAAGCAGUACUUGACCUUCCUGCCAACAAUCCUCCUGACCAUCCUCAACCCGACCCUCACCACGCUGCUCACCCGCUUGGCCGAGAAGCUGACCGAGUUGGAAAACUACCGCACUCACGAUGCCCACCAAGCGUCAUUCGUCCAAAAGAUCUUCGUUAUCAACUUCAUCACCUCGUACCUAGGAAUUUUCCUGACGGCCUUCGUCUACGUACCGUUCGGAAAAGUCCUGGUGCCCUACCUCGACGUCUUCCACCUCACAGUGCAACGCUUCACCGCCGAAGGGCAGUCCCUGCCGACCAAGGCCUGGGAAAUCAACCCCAACCGUCUCACCAAGCAGGUGAUUUACUUCACCGUCACGGCGCAGGUGGUCAACCUGGCCACCGAGUUCAUCGUGCCGUUCGCCAAGCGCAAGGUCUUCCGGACGGUGGAGCGCGUGCAGACGGGGCUCUCGGAGAAGAGCGCCGGCGGCGCAACGGCAGCAACAACCGCGACGAACCCGCAGCGGCGGCCGGACGAGCCCGAGGAGGCCGAGUUCCUGGAGCGGGCGCGCGAGGAGGCCGAGCUGGACGAGUACGACGUGACGAUCGACUACCGCGAGAUGGUGGUGCAGUUCGGCUACCUCUCGCUCUUCUCGGUCGUGUGGCCGCUGACCGCCUGCUCCUUCCUGGUCAACAACUGGGUCGAGGCCCGGUCCGACGCCAUGAAGAUCGCGUCCAACUCCAAGCGCCCGAUCCCCUGGCGCGCCGACUCCAUCGGGCCCUGGCUCGACGCCCUCGGCUUCCUCUCGUGGCUCGGCAGCCUCAUCAGCGCCGCCCUCGUCUUCCUCUUCAAGAACGGCACCGCCUCCCCCAGCGGCUCCCCCUGGGACAUCCGCGCCUGGGCCUUGCUGUUGGCCGUCCUGUUUGCCGAGCACCUCUACAUGCUCGUCCAGCUGAUCGUCCGCGGCGUCGUUCAGAAGCUCGAUUCCCCCGGCUUGCAGAAGGAGCGCUCCGAGCGUUAUGCCAUCCGCAAGCGCCUGCUCGAGAAGAUGGUCGAGUGGGACGUCAGCGCCGCCGAGACGCACGGGCCGGGUGUGACCGGCGGGGAGAAGAUCACGCGGACCGCGCUGGAGGAGGAGGCCAGGAAGCUUUCUGUUGUUGGAGAGGGCAGGCCGGAGCAGCUCUUCUGGCAGCGCCAGCGAGGUGCUGAUGAGACGAUCCAGGUUGGGCGGGCCUUGAUUGCCGAGACGGCCGCAAACAAGACCGAGGGCAAGCACUAACUACCUGGUGGCCUGACGUUUCGUCUGGGUGACUGAAAGAGUAGCAUUGGUUGAGCGCGCGUGUUUAGGACGAGCAAAGCGCAUUUAGACUGGAGCAAUGAGUUGGCGACAGGGAGGCAUUGGGAAACCAAUGUAAUUUGAACAUUUCCCCUGUCAUAGUAGUCUGCGGUGAACUGGAUGGGGUUGGUAUUCAACAUCGAGUAUUAAUAGGUUGUAACCUACGUAGGAGUAGGUGUUAAUGUACUUGAGCCUUCGUCACCUGGAUGUUAAGGAGGAUAAUCUCUUCCGAGUGACUGACUGAACCGCAUCCGAGGUCACUAAGGGGGUGGAAGUAAAAAAGGAAGAUACUCGACGCGAAAAAGAAAAAAAAACAUACAGCACCGAGGAUUCCCCAGUCGUCACCGACCUGAGUACUAGUUCGGCUCUCACGAGUUUAACUAGGGGAGAGCGGACGGGAUCCCGUGUUUUCUCGUAGAUAUGGCCGUAUGUGACAGU